AUGACGGUGCUAUCUGAGAUUGGGGAUAAGACCUUUUUCGCAGCUGCCAUAUUGGCAAUGCGUCAUUCCAGAAGGCAUGUAUUAUCAGGUUGCCUUGGAGCUUUGAUAGUCAUGACCAUAUUGUCAGCUGUUGUGGGCUGGGCUGCUCCGAAUCUGAUAUCUCGGAAGUUGACUCAUCACGUCACGACAUUUUUGUUUCUGGGAUUUGGCCUGUGGUCUCUAUGGGAUGCAUAUAAUGAUGGGGAUGGUGAAGAAUUUGCUGAAGUUGAAAAGGAACUGGAUGCGGAUACAAAAUCCAACGGUGAGAAAACCCGAGAAAAUAGCAAGGAUGAAGAUGAACUGAAAAAGCAGAGGCGACCUUUUCUUACCCAAUUCUUUUCUCCUAUCUUUCUGAAGGCAUUUUCCAUUACUUUCUUUGGUGAAUGGGGUGAUAAGAGUCAGCUUGCUACAAUAGGUUUAGCUGCAGAUGAGAAUCCUUUGGGUGUUGUUCUUGGUGGAAUCCUGGGACAAGCUUUGUGUACAACAGCUGCUGUCGUGGGAGGAAAGAGCCUUGCAACUCAAAUAUCAGAAAAAAUAGUUGCAAUCUCUGGUGGAUUACUUUUCAUUGUUUUUGGGAUUCAGUCAUUUCUUUCAAAAGUCGAGUCGUGA